AUGGCGGAUAAACGGUCAGCGCUGAUACGCGUGCGCAUCGCAGAGAGUCGCCUGAAGCGGGCAUUUGACCUUUCUCAAAGCGCGCGUGAGGACCCCUCGCAAAGAAACUUAUUUCUUGCAACAGUGCGCGACUUGGAAAACAUAAAGGAGCAGUUCGAAACUGACUGCGUCGCGGUGGAAGCAGCCAUCGGCGAAACAGAUGUGGACGUAGCUGAGCACGCUUCUCGCAUGGAAGCUUUCGAUGAUAAAUACUUCCAAAUCAGGGCCGUUGUAGCCGGCAUAGAGGACUCAAAGGUACAGCCCUCCAGCCAACCACAGUCUCAGGUAAACAUCCUCGACCGCACUGGUACACCAUUUGUUGUUCGGGCACUGCUUGACACUGCUAGCCAAGCUAGCUUCAUUUCAGAGAAGUGUGUUCAGAACCUGCGGUUAACAAAAAGGGGGGCGCAUUUGCCCAUACAGGGCUUAUCCAACACCCCUGUCAAUGUGGCCAAAUCCUAUGUUUCAGUUGUUAUCACACCAGUUGGCAUCUUAGCGUCUCAGUUUGCGCUGGAUGUUUUUGUGCUUCCUCGUAUAACCAGUAGCGUGCCAGGUACAAAGUUGUCUGAUAGGGUUCGUAAAUCUGUGGCACACUUGCACCUUGCUGAUCCUGCCUUUGACACUCCUGGUCCAGUCGACCUACUUAUUGGUGCUGACCUGGUUCCGUAUUUAAUGAAAGGUGGAAAGAUUGAUGGGUCUCCAGUGGCUCUAGACUCUGUACUAGGUUGGAUCCUGAUGGGGAAGGUGGAAAUUGAACAGACUUCAACCAACAUGACAUCCCUUUGUGUUUCGCUGGUGACCUCUCAUCCCCCAUUACCUGAUGUCAUGAGAAGGUUUUGGGAGAUUGAAGAAUUUCCCCUUGUGAAGCAACAGUCUCCCGAGGAUGUACACUGUGAAGAGCUGUUUGUGAAGUCUUACACAAGGCAUGAGACCGGCCGGUACAGCGUUGCGUUAACAUUUUGUCAACCUGAGCCAGAGUUAGGGUCCUCUAGACCUCAAGCCAUUAAUCGUUUGCUUCGCCUGGAAAGACGUCUCAAAGGGGAUCCUGCCCUCAAGCAGAAGUAUUCCGAGUUUAUGGAGGAUUAUCUCGCGAUGGGCCACAUGGAAAGAGUCGCUGAGACAGAAAUGGACUGUGCCCAUGCCUUCUAUAUACCUCACCACGCUGUCAUGAAACCAGACAGCUCCACUACAAAGGUGCGCGUUGUUUUUGAUGCAUCAGCCAAGAGUUCCACAGCUCCAGUCCAGGACUACAGGCUGAAAACUGUGACCUAUGGAGUGUCUUCAGCCCCAUUCUUGGCACUCCGCACUCUUAAGCAGCUGGCUGAAGAUGAGAGAGAACAAUUUCCCACUGCCUCUCGAGUGUUGUUGUCGGAUGUUUAUGUGGACGAUGUUGUUACGGGUGCGCCGUCUGUGGACUCUGCAGUGGCCAUGCAGCAAGAGCUCAUCAAGCUUUUAGCGAAAGGGGGAUUUCAACUCCGAAAAUUCAUGAGCAACCAUCCGACACUCCUGAAUUGGCUUCCUGCUGAGGAUAUUGAAACCCUCCAACCGUUAGCCUUGGAUCAGGACAGCUGCACUGUAAUCAAGGUACUGGGACUACAGUGGAACCCCACCUCCGACACAUAUUCAUACAAGGUCCGAGCCAGCGCCUGCCCUGCGACAAAAAGGACAAUUUUAUCGAAUGUGGCAAGGAUUUUCGAUCCUCUCGGUUGGUUGACACCUAUCAGCAUGUUUGCAAAAUGUCUCAUUCAAGUCCUUUGGGUUCAAAAUCUCGACUGGGAUACAAAACCACCACCAAACAUAUUAGACAGCUGGAACAAGUUCAACAGCCAGCUCCCUCUUCUGUCUGCACUCAACAUCUCUCGCCUUGUCAGGGGAAAACAGGGCUGUUCCUAUCAACUUCAUGGAUUUUCAGACAGUUCAGAAUUGGGUUAUGCAGCAAGUGUCUACCUUCGUGUGGUUGAUGUUGAUGGGACAAUCACGGUACACCUGCUCGCUGGCAAAUCUAAAGUAGCCCCUGUCAAGGCCCAGUCUCUACCUCGGUUGGAGUUGUGUGGAGCUCUUCUCUUGUCUCGGUUGCUUCGUCACAUGAUAAAUGUGCAUGGAAUGGAACUUGAAUUCACCUCCAUUGUUGCCUGGACUGAUUCACAAGUAGCCCUAGCGUGGAUCCACUCUUCAUCUCAUGAGUUAAAAACAUUUGUGGCAAAUAGGGUUAGUGAGAUUCAGGACCUGACCCCUUCAAGUUGGUGGAGGCACGUGCGUUCAGAACACAACCCUGCUGACUGUGGCUCAUGUGGAUUGUUACCUGCCCAGAUACUUGACCACCACCUUUGGUGGACAGGCCCUGCAUGGUUGACGUUACCUGCAGAUGAAUGGCCUGCAAGUGCUUCGUGUAGUGACAUUUCCGAUUUGGUCCAACAGGAGAAGAAGUCGUUGGCAUUGGCAACUAUUCUGUAUAUUGAAGACAUUGAUUCACUGGUCGAACGUUUCAGCAGUCUAAUGAAGUUACUGAGAGUGACUGCCUAUAUUCUGCGUUUUGUUGCUAAUUGUCGUCACUCACAAAGUGCUCGUGAAUCAGGGACCCCGUGUCCUCGUGAGUUGGAGACUGCCUUAAAUUUCUGGAUACUUCGAGUUCAGUCGAUGGUGUUCAAAGAUUACCUGGCCUCUUUGAGAAAGAAUAAGAGAACCUCACCACAGAUACGGAAGCUUCAUCCUUUCCUCGACUCUGAUGGGUUUCUUAGGGUGGGUGGCAGGCUUGACCAGUCGAAGCUCCCGUUUCAACACAAACACCCGGCCUUGCUUCCUAAAUCAAACCCCUUGACGAGCAGGAUUAUACAACACUAUCACAACGUCAAUCAACAUCCCGGGAUACAAGCACUUCAAAGUAUUCUUAGAGAGAAAUUUUGGAUUCUCUCAGAUAAGCAGGCAAUCACCAGCUGUGUUCACCGCUGCUUGAAGUGUUUCAAGGCACAGCCACCCACUUUCACACCCCUCAUGGGAAGUCUCCCGGCCAUGAGAGUUCAGCAAGUGAAACCAUUUUCGAAGGCCGGCGUGGAUUACGCUGGCCCCUUUUUCAUAAAACUGGCUCGUGUGCGCAAAGUCACUCUGUUGAAGGCCUAUCUGUGUAUAUUUGUAUGUUUUACCACUAAGGCGGUUCAUGUGGAGUUGGCGUCUGACCUGUCGACUGAGGUGUUCCUUGCUGCAUACAAACGUUUCAUCGCCCGCAGAGGGAGAUCCUCUGACCUCUAUAGCGAUUGCGGGACGAACUUUUUUGGAGCCCACAACCAGCUGACAGAACUGCAACGCAUGUUGUCAUCCUCAUCGCAUCAGCAGACCAUAGUGGAUUGUUUAGCUCCUUUUGGAGUGAGGUGGCACUUCAACCCUCCAGCCGCUCCUCAUUUCGGAGGCUUGUGGGAGGCUGCAGUUAAGGCAUUCAAGUCACAUUUAAAUCGGGUCAUUGGUGAACAGAUUCUCAGCUUUGAGGAGCUCUACACGGUCGUGGUACAAGUGGAGGCCAUACUGAAUUCUAGGCCACUCUGUCCAUUAAGUUCCGAUCCCAAUGAUCUGCGUGCUCUCACCCCAGGACACUUCUUGACCAUGGAGCCGCUGGUGUCGCAUCCUGAACCCGAAUUGGAACAGGGUCGCUACAGUGCGUACCACCUCUGGGAGUCUUAA